GCGAAAGAGUCGAGGAGACUGGACUGGAGUUAGCUGUUUGAUUGUGUUCUCUGUCCGCUGUGCUGUAAGAUGCUUUUAACUUCAUGCGUAUUAUUUACAUUUUAAUUUCCCAGUUUCAAAGUGAGACGGAGACGCAAUAGUGUUUUUAUUUAUACGUUUAAUAAGAACGCCUGGUAACGUUACUGUUCCAAACAUCAGCUGACCUAGUAUCAGAUCUGCACCAUGAGCCGUUACAUCACAAGACUGAGAAUGAGAAGAACAUACAAAUGGAAUGGUAGACCAGUCGGUGAAGACAGGAAGCUAAGAAGGCAAUACUAUGAAUCUAUGUCCAUUUCUGUGGAUGGAAGGACUGAAGAUUCAACAGUGUCUUUAGGCCAGUACAUUUUGAUUGAGGGUGAUAAUGAUGACAAUCCCUUUGUGGCACAACUUCUCAAACUGUACACUGAUGAUUCAGGGAAGAAGAAGACUGCUGUAGUGCAGUGGUUUGUGCGUAUGUGUGAAGUACCUCAGAACAAACGCAAGCUCUUGGGCAGAGAUCCCCAUCCACAGGAGGUAUUUUUCUACCAGGACCGCUCUUGUGAAAAUGAGGUUGAUGGAGAGACCAUUCUUGCAGCAGUACAGAUUGACUAUGUCCCAGCUGAGGAUCCUUUCCCAGAGGGCAAGAGCAAAGACACAUUAUUUGUCAAACUCUUGUGGGACACCAAGUCUUUCAGAGAAUUAAAUCCUGAGCUGAUGCAGCCCUAUCAGAGCCCUAAAUCCCCCCCACCAUCUUCCCGGGCCUCUCAGGCUCGUGCUCUUCCAACCCCGGAUCCAACAAUAAUCAAACGGGCCAUGUCAGGCACCCUCCCCCAUGGUAGCAUGAGCACCGGCAAAAUGAGCACCAGUGAGGCGGAGUCUCUUCACUCUGCCUCCAAACUCUCUGCAGCUAAAGCUCUCAGUGCAAAGAGGAGAGGCAGAGCUUCCUCUGGUCCACAUGUUCGCAAGAAGCUGGACUUGUACAGUCCAAAAAAAAACAUGUCCCGAGAUGAUGUUCUGGGGGAGAUUCUUGAUGAACACACACCUACUGAGAAGAUACUGACGUCUAAGUUGAACACGUCUCCAACCGGCCGCAUCUCCAUUUCCAUUAGAUUGACUCCUUUUAAUCAGAAUGAGGAGGAGCAUGUCUCUCCUCUGUCAUCACACAGCCCUGAUAAACCCAGAUUGACUGCAUAUGACAAAGACAAUGACACUAGUGCUUUUCUUGGGGUGCAGCCACUUAGGGAUGAUGAUUCAGAGUCACUAAUAAGCACAGGCAGGACUCCCCGGAAGAGAGAGGCAACCCCCAGGAGAGCAAGUCUAAGAGCCCUGAAGGCAAGAACUCCAUCCAGCAGGAAAGAUUCAACUGCUCUCAGAGAACCAGCACUGGCUUCUUUAGCUGAAGAGGAACAUGAAGAUUCACCCAUCCAGACUGCUGCUACUCCUCGCUCUAAGAGGAAGUCUGCCCAGCUGGUGUCCUCCCGCAUCAGAAAGCAGCUAAAUUUGCUACAAAACAAGGUUGACCUGCAGUCUGAUGGUGAGGAUGGCAGUGAUGACGAUUGCUUCGUACCUACAAAGAUUGACUUGAGUAGCAGCGAUGAGGAAGAGGAGGCAAAGAUUGACAGUGAAGAUGAGCUUAUAGUGAAGAAGCGCAGGGGCUCUCGAACACCCCGGCCUACAGAGAAAACCCGUGUCUCUGCUAGGACCCCACGUAAAACACCCAGCAAGAAGACUGCUCCAUCCACUCCACGUACACCACGUAAUGCCACUCCCAGCAUACCUAGCAGGAGCGCUCCAGCCAGGAAGCCAGGGAAUGUUUUGGAAGAAGCACGGGCACGGUUGCAUGUUUCUUCUGUCCCUGAGUCUUUGCCAUGUCGAGAACAGGAGUUCCAGGACAUCUACAACUUUGUGGAGAGUAAAGUCAUUGAUGGCACUGGAGGGUGUAUGUAUAUCUCAGGUGUUCCUGGUACUGGUAAAACUGCCACAGUACAUGAGGUGAUCCGGUCCCUUCAGCAGUCCUCUGAACAAGAUGAGAUCCCUCACUUCCGCUUCAUUGAAAUAAAUGGCAUGAAAAUGACAGACCCGCACCAGGCUUAUGUACAAAUACUGCAGAAACUGACUGAUCAAAAAGCAACACCUGAUCAUGCAGCCACCCUACUGGAGAAACGCUUUAGUGCUCCUGCACCAAAAAAAGAGACAACUGUGCUUCUAGUAGAUGAGCUUGACCUCUUGUGGACCCGUAAACAGAAUGUGAUGUAUAACUUGUUUGAUUGGCCAACAAGGCGCAAUGCUCGUCUGGUGGUUCUUACCAUCGCAAACACUAUGGACUUGCCUGAGAGAAUCAUGAUUAACCGGGUUGCCAGUCGACUGGGACUGACAAGAAUGUCCUUCCAGCCAUAUACCUUUAAACAGCUACAACAGAUCAUCACGUCAAGGCUAAACAGAGUAAAGGCUUUUGAAGAAGAUGCUCUUCAGCUAGUCUCAAGAAAGGUGGCAGCGCUUUCAGGUGAUGCGCGCCGUUGCCUUGAUAUCUGCCGACGGGCCACAGAGAUUUGUGAGCACUCUGGAAGUAGCAAUGGAUUGGUUGGAAUGAGUCAUGUGAUGGAGGCUUUGGAUGAGAUGUUCUCCUCUUCCUACAUCGCAGCCAUCAGGUGUGCAUCUGUUCAGGAGCAGCUUUUCCUGAGGGCUGUUAUUGCAGAGUUUCGUCGACUUGGCCUGGAAGAGGCCACUUUCCAACAGGUGUUUGUUCAGCACCAGGCAUUAUGUCGGGUUGAGGGUUUGCAGCCGGUGAGUGUGUCUGAAGGGCUGGCAGUCUGUCAGAGGCUGGGUUCUUGUCGCCUGCUUCUUCUGGAGGGAAGCCGCCUGGACCUGCUGCUCCGUAUCAGACUCAAUGUUAGUCAGGAUGAUGUGCUUUAUGCUUUGAAGGCUGACUAAAUCUCAGCCCUACUGUGACCUAGCAACCAGUGUGGAUCAACUUAACCUGACCACAUCUUUGGACUUUCAGUGAGCAGAUUUUGAAUGAGAUCUUGCGUGGUGCAUUACAGGUAAAUUCUUAUUAACUGAAUGUGAGCUAUUGUAUUAAAGGUUCAAAUUAAAUUAUAAAUUUUAAUUCUUAAAAUUAUACAUGUGUAGUUCUAUAAGUACAUUUUAAAUGUGCCAUUUUUGUGUAUUGUAUUUGUACCUUUUUGCUUCAAAUCAUGUCUUUCAGUUGGCUCUUUAAUGUCUUUAGAGCAUUUCACAAAUGCUUUAUUCUAAAGCAAUAUUUAUGCAUUUUAGUGUGGCAGAGUAAGAAUCACACAUUUCUUGUUUAGCAUUUAAUGACGGUCAUGUUAAAAUGUACAAUUUUCAUUCAAAGCACCAAAAUGUUUUUACUUGUUUGACUUGAUAAAAUAAAGCUGUUGACUGAUCAGACCA